CAGACAUUUAUUUUAAACCUUAAACACAACAAAGUGUAAUGUAUAAUUUAAAAUACAAGUAAAACCAUUGGAAUAUAUGGGACACUCCUGCACGGUAACAAAGUAGAUUGAGCCCCAUUUGUGAAGUGAAAGACUAAGAUAAAAAACUGAAACUUUGUGAUCCACCUCAUAAAUCUGGUAAAGAUAACUUUCUGCCAGUAAGAACAGUAAAUCUUGUGACUACUGCCGCAUAUUUGUGGUCAAAGCUAGUGAGGUUCCAGUGAAAAGUGGUCAGAUCCUGUUGGGGAAGGAAUUAUACACCAGAUAGGUGUCUCACUUCUGCUGUGUCAAGCAGUCUGUUUUCAGAUGUUAUGAUCAUACAGACCUCAACGACAAUGGUUCAUGUUGUCCUUUUGUUCUGCAUUUGUUUGUGCAAACUGGCUGGUGUGUUUGCUGGUUUAGAUGCAGUGGAGUCAGUGUCAGUGACGGAGGGAGAUUCAGUCACUCUAGACUCUGGUCUUAAUGACAUAAUGGAUGAAGAUCUGAUUCUCUGGAGGUUUGGAUAUAACAAGACUUUAAUAGCUGAAAUCAGUGCACUGGAAGACAGCACGGCUGUAUUUGAUGAUGUUCUUGAUGAGAGAUUCAGAGACAGACUGAAGCUGGAUCUUCAAACUGGAUCUCUGAUCAUCACAAACAUCACAGAGGAACAUGCUGGACUCUAUACACUACAGAGCAACACUGUGAGAAAGAACUUCACUCUCACUGUCUACGCUUUUUCAGCUCAUCUGCCAGUUCCUGUCAUUAGCAGUAACACUUCACAAUGUUCUUCAUCAUCAUCAUCUUCAUCACAGCAGAAUUGUUCACUGGUGUGUUCAGUGGUGAAUGUGGGUCAUGUGACUCUCUCCUGGUACAAAGGAAACAGUUUAUUGUCCAGCAUCAGUGUGUCUGAUCUCAGCAUCAGUCUCUCUCUACCUCUGGAGGUGGAAUAUCAGGAGAAAAACAGCUACAGCUGUGUGAUCAACAAUCCCAUCAAAAACCAGACCACACAUCUGGACAUCAGCAAACUCUGUCACACAUGUUCAGUGUCUAAACUCGUGCCGAUCUCUGCCGCUGCUGCCGGAUCUCUGCUGAUUUUGACUGCAAUCCUGAUAUUCUGUAUUUGCAGGAAAUGUAGAAAAACUGAUCAAGAAGCUGAGAUUAAUGAAGACGAGGUCACUUACAUUGAGCCUACGUUCUACAAAAGACAAGCACGGACACCGGUUGUUAAAGAGGAUGAUCAUGUGGAAUAUGCACCUAUCAACAAGAGUAGAUGAUCAGACACGUAUCAGACCCGCUUUGUGUCUUUCACAGGAAGCUCCUGUGACUACCUCCGAGUCUGUCGUUUCAUCUGAGCUGUUUAAAGCUGUAAUACAGGGAAUUUGAACAAAUGACUUUAAUCUUUUGGCACACUGGAACAUAUUCAUGCUUGACUCUUAUAGCCUCUUAAAGAAUGUUUUUUUUUUUUUUUUAAAUCCUCAAAAAAAAAAACAUUUUGCAUCUGAUUUAGGACAUCUGUGCUGAUCUUCUGGUGGACAAACAGUUGUGCUUGAACAUUGCUGAAUGUUUGCGGUUGACAUUUAACACAGACACUGCUAAGGCGUCAUUAGCAUGUGGUUAAAUGCCUUUUUCCAUUUCCAUUUCUUAUGAAACUCUCAGUCUAACUUUAGCAUGAACUAACCACUUUACCAUGAAAUCCUGAAUCUAACAGAUACACGACUAUCUCAGAUAAAACAGUAUGUGAUAAAAUAUAAGUCAAUUCGAGUGAAGUCAGAUUUAUUACUAUAGCGCUUUUUUCAAUGGCAAUUGUUUCAAAACAGCUUUACAGAAAACUAUGAUGUUAAAGUUUAUAAUAUCUUAAUGUCUCAGUAAUAUUUUGCAGAUUUGAGCCAGGAGAUAAUCUAAAUGUUUACAUUGAUGAAGCAGAGUUUUGAUAGAUACUGACCUGCACAAGUAAAUUGGAUGCAUGUGGUAUUCUCCAAUAUAAAGAGCUUAUAGUCAAAUCAGGCAGUUAUUUCUGAAAACUACUGAUGUUCUUUAUAUCAAGCCCAAAACAGUUCAUAACCUGUUUUUGCCGUCAGUGCCAUUUUUGCCAUUUUCACUUUUUGGGGUAAUUAACGGCUAACAACACUCAAGGGCUAACAAUAAAUAAAUAAAUAAAUAUGUAUAUUUGCCAGUAGUAUAACAGUGCUGCCAAUCAAAAGCAAAAUGCAACAGCAACACAUUUUGCCAAGGCAGACACUUUUUAAACUUUGUAUGCCGUUCUUUCUGAGCGCCAUCUAGUGUCUAGUCCGCAUCCAGUGUUGUGAUACUGCUAAAGCUGUGAUCCGAUUGGUCGUCACUGCUCUGGUGGGCGUGGCUACUGCAGCUGCUGCACUUCUUCUAGGCAAUGACGUCAGAUCUGCUAGAUUCUUUUAUAUAGCCUUUUUGCUUUUGACAUGUAUUUUGAAGUACUUCUCCCCUCUUUGUUUUUUGUUUUGUUUUAAUUUCUGCUUGGUUAGUACAUUUUGUAUAAUGACAACAUUUGUAUAUAUAUGCAUGUAUAUAUGUAUGUGUAUGCUCUUUUUAUUAAAUA